AUGUCGAGCCAGAAAGAGGGGACAAGCGCCGAAGCUGCCAUUCCCUACUUCACCAAUCUCUCCUGGUCUAUUUACCGCAUCAAAAUUGCCCUGCUCACCUCGGGCUCGUCGUCGGACAUGGCCAAAUCAAAGGCGCUGCAGAGCAACCUGGACGUCGACUACGUGAUUAGCUACCGCUUUGCGAAGACUGACAAGGCGAAGGCCAUCGCGCAGUUUGAGAAGCUCUGCGAGGCUCUGGCCAACGUUGGGCUGCAGACCGAGGUCCGCAAUGGAGAGUCGCACUCAAUCCUCCUCUUCGUGCGAGUAGCUUCAGACGAGCACCUGUUUGGUGAAGUAUACAGGUCCAGAGUCCGCGACUGGAUCCACGGCGUUCGAACGGCUGCCCCCGAGAAGGUUACCCGCGAAUCGCUCGAAGCCGAGCCCCUCUACGAGGCCGAGAGACUACGCAUAAUAUACCAGCUCAUCACCAACCCUCCCUCUGAAGGUGGAGCCGGCAUAACACCCAAAGAGGGAGAAUGGGAGAACGUCGAGUCCGUCUUUGCGCUGCACGACCAUGCCUACAACAAGGAUUGGAUCAAGAAGUGGACCUCGCAGUACAUCCUGACGACGGAAGAUUUGGACGACAUCAGAAACAGGCUGGGAGAGAAGAUUGCCUUCUAUUUCGCCUUUACACAGUCCUACUUCACCUUCCUCGUUCCCGCUGCCGCCUUCGGUUUCUUCUCAUGGCUCUUCUUCGGCUCCUUCUCGCCCAUCUACGGUCUUGCGAGCGCCCUGUGGUGCACCGUCUUCACUGAAUACUGGAAACACCAGGAAGUCGACCUGAGCGUUCGCUGGGGCGUCAAGGGUGUUUCCAAAAUCGACGUCAGGAAAAAGGACUUUGAACCUGAAAAAACAAUCACCGACCCAGUCACAGGCGAACAAGUCGGUUUCUUCCCAGCAUCCAAGCGCUUCCAGAGGCAGUUGCUGCAGAUUCCAUUCGCCAUAAUUGCCGCUUGCUCGCUUGGAGCCGUCAUUGCGACCUGCUUUGGUAUAGAGGUCUUUAUCUCUGAAGUCUACAACGGCCCGCUAAAGAGCCUUCUCGUCUUCAUCCCUACUGGCAUUCUCACAACCGUCAAUCCUAUCCUAAAUACUAUCCUGACCCAGGCUGCUACCCGUUUGACCCAAUUCGAGAAUUAUGAGACGUCGCAGGCGUACGACAAGGCAUUGACCCAGAAGAUCUUCGUCAUGAACUUCAUCAUGUCUUACUUGGGAAUCUUCCUGACUGCCUUUGUCUACGUACCAUUUGGCAAGGUUAUCGUACCCUACCUUGACGUUUUCAACGUUGCUGUCCGACCUUUCGCUGAGGACGAGAAGCAACUACACCUCAACUCGACGAGUUCCAGCUGGACCAUCAACCCCGAUCGCCUCCGCAAGCAAGUCAUAUACUUCACAGUCACUGCCCAACUCGUCAACCUUGGCAUGGAGCUUAUCGUUCCGUACCUCAAGCGUCGUGGCCUUGCCAAGUACAAGGAGAUGCAGUCUGACAGAGCUGCAAGGAACGGCGGUUCCGCACCGGCCACCGCCGAGAACGACCCUGCUGAGGACGCUGCCUUCCUUGAUCGUGUCCGCAAGGAAGCAGAACUGGAUUCUUACGAUGUCACCGCCGAUCUUCGUGAGAUGAUUGUGCAAUUUGGCUACCUGUCACUCUUCUCCGUGGUUUGGCCACUUACCGCUGUGUCCUUUUUGAUCAACAACUGGAUCGAGCUUCGUGCCGACGCUAUGAAGAUCUGUGUUGAGAUGCGACGACCCACUCCAUGGCGCGCUGAUACAAUCGGGCCUUGGCUCGACUCCCUCUCCUUCCUUACUUGGAUGGGCAGUCUCACUACGUCCGCUCUUGUCUACAUGUUUUGGAAUGACCGUUCUGGUCCCAGCGGCAGUCCUUCCAACAUUCAGCUCUGGGCCCUCCUUCUGACUGUCUUCUUUUCUGAACAUCUUUUCAUCCUAUUCCGCUGGGGCGUUCGCAUCGUGCUGUCCAAACUCGAUUCCCCAGGCCUACAGAAGGAACGCCGUGAACGCUUCCUGGUGCGCAAGCAAUACUUUGAGGAGAAUCUCAGCCAGCUGCAGAAUAUUCCCAAGUUGAGUGACAAGGGUGGCGAGAUUACUAGGAAGAGUCUCGAAGAAGAAGCUAGGCAGGGUAGUCUUGGAGAAACUACUCCAGUAAUUAGGUUCUGGCAGCGCCAGAGGAGCUGGAGAGAGAGUGCGGCGGUCGCCAAGGAUCUCAUCAGCAGGGCGCAGAAUGAGACCAUUGUGGAGACGAAGAAAGAGUUGUGA